AACUCAUAUGUAAGACUAAAAGAGAAUUUUUUUUUUUUUAAUACAUUUCUUUUCCCUAUUUCAUUUCCACCUGAAUAAAUAAAGCAAUGAUAGAAGGCAUGGUAGAGAAGCAUGAUGAAGAAAAGAGAGUUGACAAUGAACAAGCUGAAAACAUAUCUGCAAUGUCGUUUCCUUCACAGAAAUGUUCAUCCUUGGACUUGAAUGAAGAAGCUAGCAGCAAAGAGGAUUAUGAUUACAACAUUAUCGGCAAUGGCAAACAAGGUGAUGAGAUUGAGAAGACAAGUGAAGGGAAUUCCAGCAAUAAUAACAACAACAUAGUGGGGGAGAAAGGUAAUGGUAGAAGAAGAGUAAGGCAAUAUGUUAGGUCAAAAUUGCCUCGCCUACGGUGGACUCCUGAUCUUCAUCUCUCCUUCGUGCAUUCUGUUGAAAGGCUUGGUGGACAAGACAGAGCAACUCCAAAGUUAGUCCUUCAGUUGAUGAAUGUGAAGGGACUUAGCAUUGCCCAUGUAAAAAGCCACUUGCAGAUGUACCGGAGUAAGAAACGUGACGAGGCUGGACAAGUGUUAUGCGAAAGAACUAGAGCAAUUAAAGGAAGGGAAGAAUUGCAGAGCAGUCCUCAUCUACAUUUCAGAAUGGAAAACGGUGGGUUUGUUUUAGCCACAGAAUCUCCCCUCUACCAACCACCUCUAGAUUUCGAAGUCUCUUUUCCAAGGCACCAAGUGAGCAAUGAUGUUGGUCACCACACAAACCAAAUUCAUGGGGUGGAUGCGCGUCUUGGACCCAUGAGAACCGGGCGAUUACUAGAAGACAAGAGGUGGCAUCCUUUUGAAAGGCAGAAACACAGGGACUGCUUGCCUGACCUGCAGUUAAGACGAAGCCGAAGAAGUGGAAUUGAUGCUGAGACGACGACCCAUUGCGAAGUCCCGCAGGAAAUUAGCACCCACCUUUCACUUUCUUAACCUCAAUAUUUACCCAGGAUAAAAUCCACCACAACCAAACAGAAAGGGUUCAUGAAUCUCUUGGUUUACAUGCAUACAAAAAUUAAAAUUUUGCAGACAAGGCCGAAUGAGGCUGAGUACUUAAUAAGGAUCUGACCAUGUAAAAAUGGACCCCCCAGGAAGUGAGAUCCUUCUAAGUGUUUUAUUUUUUGCUGCUUCUUCUAGAUGAUGCAAAUGAUGUAUUCGAGGUUUAGAAUGAGUUACCCAAUUUUAACCCGGGCCCAUAUAUCUUAUAUAAAAAAACCAAAUAAAUAAAUAAUCAAAAAAAAUAGAAUAAAUGUCCCAUAAAACAGUCCAUUUAUAAACUAUUAAUUCAUUUAAAACUCAAAUAGCCCAAUUAGCUCAAACCUGAAUUACAAAUACCAAAUACAUGGCCCAAAUCAUUUCAACCUAAAUUACCCAAAAUUAACCCGAUCAGACCCAACUCUACCCUAACCCAAAAUACAAUCCUAACCCGAAUUACCCAAUACACCCCAGCCCAAUAACCACCAGCCCAGUGCAGGAAAAGACCCAGAUUCCAGAAACCUUAGAGUUUUUUGGAAUGGUCCAGUGGCCAUUUUUCCUUAGCCGCCGCAACAGUUUCGGCCACCAUCGCUUCCGUCCGUCUCUUGCACCUGCCGCGUCUUCCACGUGCGCCUCCAGCUGGCGUGUACCUGCAUCACAACAAACCAGCAACAGAAGCAGGAAAAGCACGAAAACGCAACAAUAAAAGAAAUAACAGAUCGAAUUUUUUUAUUAUUAUUUAUUUUGUAAUUUUGGCUAUAAAAAGCCAAUGCAAACACUGUAAACGGAUCUUUUUUUUCCACGCAUAUUAAAUACAAGAAUCAAAGAGAAUAUUCAAAGAAAAACAAAAAAAAAGUAGAAUAUUAAAGGUGAUUUCAGAUUUUUUUCUUUUCUGGAUUCUAUUUUCCCUUUUGCUUCAUUUUUGUGCUCGAGAUAAAAUCAAAAUGAGAGGAUAGAGGGCUAAGAGUUACCUGUCAUCUGAACGACGUUUACUCCGCUACAAUCGGAGCCAGACGAGCGUUCAGAGAGCUCUUGAACAGCCAGUC